AACAGACGGGACACUCGGUUUUAGUUUUUCGCAAAUCUGUAUUGAAGCUAGGCAAUGUCGCCACCAGAGUGCACUAGAAUCACUAAGAGGCAAACCUAAAUCUUUCAUCAUGGUAGCUAAGUAAUAAGCUUCAACGCGCCAAUUUCUGCAGUUUCAUGCUCAAAUCGGCCUUCACCGUAUCCUGUCUGGUGUUCGGGUUUAUGUUCCUGUCUAGCAAAAACGAAAAUCUGUCGAAUUUGAAGAAUUCCAUCUACCUCCGGUAUACGGGGGUAGCCGAGCCGUUCUUCAACGGGGUGCCACGGAAUGUCGAUGGCAGCAAGGUCGAUUGGCACGACUAUGCGUAUCUGGAGCGGGAAUCGGCUAGAACUGGCCCGGGUGAAAAUGGGACCCUCGUUAUAUUGGAGGAUGCCGGAGAUAUCAAACAAAACGAGAAACUGUUCACACAAAACGGAUACUACGCCGUCGUGAGCGAUAUGAUUGCGGUUGAUCGAGCGUUGAAUGAUCUGCGUCAUCCGGGGUGCUUGAAGAAACACUAUCUUCAAGAGCUUCCGACUGUUAGCGUAGUGAUCAUAUUCUACAACGAACAUCUAAGCACUUUGCUGCGAACUGUCCAUAGCGUGUUGAAUCGAUCGCCUCCACAGCUGUUGAAGGAGAUCAUCAUGGUCAACGAUCACAGCACCAAGGAGUUUCUCUACCAUGAUUUGCAAGAGUACAUCAAAAGUGAUCUUCCACCUAAAGUUAGGCUCAUUCACCUGCCGGAGCGAUCGGGUUUGAUUAAGGCACGUUUAGCUGGGGCAAAAUUGGCCACCGGAGAUGUGCUCGUAGUUCUGGAUUCUCACACCGAAGCUGGUACCAAUUGGUUGCCUCCCUUGUUGGAACCAAUCGCUAUGAACUAUCGAACCUGCGUUUGUCCACUGAUAGAUAUUAUCGACUUCAAAACAUUUCAAAUGCGUAAGCAAGACGAUGGUAAGCGAGGUGCCUUCAACUGGAGAUUUCAAUAUAAACGUCUACCGUUGCGACCCGGAGACCAAACCGAUCCCACGGAACCCUUCGAAAGUCCCAUCAUGGCUGGUGGCCUCUUCGCUAUCAGCUUGAAAUUCUUCUGGGAACUUGGUGGGUACGAUGAGGGUCUAGAUAUCUGGGGAGCUGAGCAGUACGAGCUUAGUUUCAAAAUUUGGCAAUGUGGAGGCCGCAUGGUAGAUGCUCCGUGUUCAAGGGUAGGGCACAUCUACAGGGGCUACUCUCCGUUUCCCAACCCAAGAGGGAAAGAUUUUGUUACGAAGAAUAACAAAAGAGUAGCCGAAGUAUGGAUGGACGAAUAUAAACAAUACAUCUACCAGAGAAAUUUCAAAUAUGGGGAAACGGACACCGGAGAUUUGACCCUCCAAAAGGCAGUUCGAGAGAGACUUCAAUGUAAGCCAUUCAAGUAUUUCAUGGAGAAAGUAGCCCCAGAUCUUGCUAUACGAUAUCCUCUUAUCGAGCCACCAGUAUUCGCUUCCGGACCGGUGCAAAGUUUGGACGACACUAACUUUUGUCUUGAUACACUCAACCAUGGCAGGAACGAGCCAAUCGGAAUCUACCCAUGUACCGAUAACAAAACCUACCAUCAGGGAAACCAACAGUUCGACCUCAGGUAUUACCGGGACAUACGAGCGACUCAUCUAGAUUUGUGCCUGGACGCUUCCGACAUUGGCAGUGAAGUGAUCCUUUACAACUGCCACGAAAUUCAGGGAAAUCAAAUGUUCCAAUACGAACUGGAAACCAAACUGAUACGUCACGCACAACCAAGACUGAACCGUUGCCUGGAUAUUGUGGACAAGCGAGUGGUGAUCGCCAAGUGUAAUCUCGGCCGGAAGUCUCAACAGUGGGCCUGGGGUUUCGUGGAUGAAGCUAGAGUUCGAAAUUGGCGAACCAGUGGCACUAAGCUGAUGGAUCCGAUGAUGCCCUUGAAGGAGCUGAAUCUUUCAAAUAAACAAUAA